GCUUUAUCCUCUGAAUGGUGACCUUGGAAAAGAAAAGAAAAAAAAGCAACAUGUAUUCGUAGAAAAGCUGACACCGCUUUUGACAGGUUGCAUCGUUCAAGUCUCGUUCCGAAUCUACGUACGUCGUACUCCCUACAGCUGUUUUCAAACAAAGAAAGAGGAAGAGAGAGAGGACCCGAACAAAGUAGUAGUAGUCAGCUGAUUCAAAAUGCAUCCUUGGGUGGGAGAAGAGUUAGAGAAGGCUUAAAUAGCACCGUAUGCUUUCACGCACGUUAGUGCAAGUCAGCGUUUACAUCGGACGGAUUAAGUUCGUUUCAUAUCGCAAAUUGAAAAUCGUAUAGAUCUUUUUUCGUCAACAAGAGAAAUAAAGAGAAAACUGUGUUGUUAGAUCGUACCAAGUGCCUUUUAAAGUUCUUCCUUUUGAUAUAGAUACAUAAUCAUUUGUAAUAAUCAACCAAUUUAAUAUCCAAUUUUCAUCGUCUUAUACCUGUUUCUAUAUUGUUUUCCUAUUCUAAUUGAUGCUUUAAGAUCAAAAAAAUUAAGAAAAAGGAAAGAAAAAGGAAAGAAAAAGAAGAAAUAAAAGGAGGAAAAUCCCUACCUUUUUCGCCAUAGUGAAGAUACUAUUAGUGCUGCUAAUUUUUAUUUUAAAGGAUAAAUUGUUCCCGAGUGAUUGUAAAAAAGAAAAAGGAGAAAAAAUUACAUACGCACGCACGCACGUACAUACAAAUAUAUAUAUAUAUGUAUACGUAUAUGUAUAUAUAAAAGAAAUAAAGACGACGCGGAUAUCUUUCCGAUUUGUUUUCGUAAAAAGCCGGAAGAAGAUGAGACCACCAGCGUAUAAUGCCGAAGAGGUACAACAGAUUCCUCAAGAGCAAGGAGAAAGGAACGUGGCCAUGGCUGUUUGCGUUCAAUUGGCGGGCCGAGCGAUUAUUAGGGUAGUUUCGCGAUGCGAGGAAGCUCAGGACAAUUGUAAUUUAGAUUUGUCUGAAUGCCAGUUAAUGCAAAUACCGGAUGCGGUUUAUCAUUUGAUGAGACAUACAGAAUUGAAAAGAUGCGAUUUGUCUGGUAAUGUUAUAACAAAGAUCCCACCAAAAUUUGCAGUGAAAUUUUCCCUUAUCACUGAACUCAAUCUAAGUCACAAUCAAAUGAGUAAACUCCCGGAAGAACUUGCUGAACUACAAGCAUUGGAAAGACUCAACAUUUCGCAUAAUACUUUUAUCGCUUUGCCACCUGUUACCUGCCAGAUACCUCAGCUUAAACGACUUCUUGCCAAUAAUAACUCCAUCAUCGACGUCGAUGUUGAGAGAAUUAAACAUGCACCGGCGUUGGAAUACAUAGAUUUGCAAGCGAAUCCAUUAACGCCAAGAAUGUAUGAUCUUCUGAGUACCUUGACUCGUAUCAGAGUGGAAUUAACUCCACGACAAGUAGAAGAAUGGGAAGAUUUGACGGUCUGAAACUGAUCUUUAACCUGACUUUAGUCCGAUGAAAGAAGCAAGAAGAGAGAGAUAUUAACUUUGUUAAAAAAGAGCCAGCUGGAAGCUUUCACUUUUUACAAAUAA